GCCAUAAUAGGCAUGUCCGGCCGCUUCCCGGACGCGGCCGACCUCUCUGCCUUUUGGGACCUGCUCUACCGCGGGCUGGAUGUGCAUCGACAGGUCCCCGAGGAACGCUUCGACGCGCGGCGGCACUACGACGCAACGGGGCGGCGUAAAAAUACGAGCAAAGUGCUCAACGGGUGCUGGAUUCGCGAUCCCGGGCUGUUCGACGCGAGGUUCUUCAACAUCUCUCCCAAGGAGGCCGAGCAGUCGGAUCCGGGGCAACGGCUGGCGCUCGAGACGGUGUACGAGGCGCUCGAUAUGGCGGGCGCGGUGCCGGACCGGACGCCGAGCACACGGAGAGAGCGCGUGGGUGUGUUUUACGGCAUGGCCAGCGACAACUGGAGGGAGGUGAAUAGCGGGCAAAACGUGGACACGUUCUUCAUCCCAGCAGGCGGAAACAGGGCAUUCACGCCCGGCCCACUAAAUUACUACUUCAAGAUCAGCGGACCGAGUGCUAGCAUAGACACGGCCUGCUCCUCCAGCCUGGCGGCCAUUCACAUGGCUUGCAACUCGCUCUGGCGGAACGACUGUGACACCGCCAUUGCCGGCGGCACCAACGUUAUGACCAAUCCCGACAAUUUCGCGGGCCUGGACCGGGGCCACUUCCUGUCGAGAACAGGCAACUGCAAUACCUUUGAUGACGGGGCCGAUGGCUACUGUCGCGCCGACGGCGUGGGAACCGUGAUCCUCAAACGGCUCGAAGACGCCCAGGCGGACAAGGAUCCCAUCCUAGGCGUCAUCCUCGGCCGAUUC